AUGACAUUAUCCAAAAGGCUUCAACAAAAUUUUUUUAAAGAUGAUGUUGUUGAAGUAGCUAAAAAGCUUAUUGGAAAGCUUAUUUGUCGAAAAUUCGAAGAUGGCACAAUCAAAAAAUUUCGAAUUAAUGAAACGGAAGCAUAUGCAGCUCCAGAUGAUGCUGCAAAUCACUAUAAUAGCUACAACGAAAAGAAGAAAAGCCAAUUAAAUAUAGAAAAAGGUUUAUUGUAUUUGUAUAUUUGUUAUGGAAUUUAUUGGAUGGUUAAUGUUACAGCUGGACAAGGAAGCAAACCAGAGGGUUGUUUAAUUAGAGGCAUUGAAACUGCUCCGGGACCAGGAAGAACAGGGGCAAGAUUAGAAGUUUCAAAAUCAAUGCAUGGAAUUGAUUUAACAACAUCAGAUAUUAUCUGGAUAGAAGAUGACGGCAAUAAUUGGGACUAUAUUUCAACACCUCGAGUAGGUAUUGAUUAUGCUCCUGAACCAUGGCUAAGUAAACCAUGGAGAUUUUAUCAUGAAACGGAAGAAUCGAGAAAAUAUGCCUCAAGGCUUGGUAAAUCAAAACCAAAGAAGAAGAAAAAAUCUGAUGAUGAAAAAUCUUCUCAGAAAUAA